AUGAUUAGACUGAGAUCUAUAUUGUUAAGAUCAUUUAAAUCAUCAAAAUUAUCAUAUAGAUUAUUAGCUAGUAAAGCUGAUACUUCAUCAGAAAAUUAUAUAAAUGUUUUCGAUCCAAAUUCAAAGAAAGUUUCAUUAUCAAAUUUAGAUACUUUUACAAGAAGACAUAUUGGCCCCACGCCUUCAAAUGUUGAUCAUAUGUUAAAAACUUUAGGUUAUUCUAAUUUAGAUGAAUUUUUAUCAAAUGCUGUUCCUGAACAUAUCUUAUUUAAAAGAAAACUUAAAAUUCAACCACAACAAGGUUAUACGGAACAGGAAAUGUUGGAUCAUUUACAUAAAUUAGCUGAUAAAAAUAAAGUUGUUAAAUCUUUUAUAGGCAAAGGUUACUCAGGUACUUAUUUACCACCAGUUAUUCAAAGAAAUUUGUUAGAAAAUCCACAAUGGUAUACUUCAUAUACUCCAUAUCAACCAGAAAUUUCACAAGGUAGAUUAGAAAGUUUAUUAAACUAUCAAACUAUGGUUUCUUCAUUAACAGGUUUAUCUAUGGCUAAUGCUUCAUUAUUGGAUGAAGGUACUGCUGCUGGUGAAGCAAUGUCAAUGUCAUUUCAUAAUUCAAAAGGUAAAAAAUCAACAUAUAUAAUAGAUUCAAAUUUACAUCCUCAAACAAAGGAUGUUAUAAAAUCCAGAGCGGAUAAUAUAAAUGUUAAUAUCAAAGAAUUAGAUUUAUCUACUGAAGAUGGUAUCAAUGACUUGAAUAAAGAUAUUAAGAAUGUUUGUGGUGCUUUAGUUCAAUAUCCUGCUACUGAUGGUUCAAUUCAUGAUUAUACUAAAAUUGGAGAAAUAUUACACAAAAAUAAAGCACUUUUUGCAAUGGCAACUGAUUUGUUAGCCUUAACUUUGAUUAAAUCGCCUGCUGAAUUUGAUGCUGAUAUUGCUUUAGGUACUUCUCAAAGAUUUGGUGUCCCAUUUGGAUAUGGUGGUCCACACGCUGCAUUCUUUGCAACAUCAACGAAAUAUGCAAGAAAAAUUCCUGGUAGAAUUGUUGGUGUUUCCAAAGAUAGAUUAGGUAAACCGGCAUUAAGAUUAGCAUUACAAACUAGAGAACAACAUAUCAAAAGAGAAAAAGCCACUUCAAAUAUUUGUACAUCGCAAGCUUUAUUAGCUAAUAUAUCUGCAAAUUAUGCAGUUUAUCAUGGCCCAGAAGGUUUGAGAAAUAUUGCUAAAAGAGUAUAUGGUUUUACUACUUUAUUAGCUAAUGAGGUUGCUAAAAAACAUGAAAUUGUUAACAACAAAUGGUUCGAUACUUUAACUAUUAGAUUAACUGGUGUCAGUGCUGAUGAAAUUUUAAACAAAGCUUUAAAUGAUUAUAAAAUUAAUUUAUUCAAAGUUGAUGACCAAACAGUUUCAUUAAAUUUAGAUGAAACAGUUCAAAAACAAGAUUUAAUAGACUUAAUUGAGUUAUUUACCGGUGUCAAAAUUGAACCAUCAAAUGAUUUACCUGAAAUUCCAACUGAUUUAUUAAGAAACGAUGAAAUUUUAACUCAUCCAGUAUUUAAUACUCAUCAUUCAGAAACUUCAAUGUUAAGAUAUCUUAAUUUAUUACAAUCAAAAGAUUUAUCAUUAGCUAAUUCAAUGAUUCCAUUGGGUUCUUGUACUAUGAAAUUAAAUUCAACUGUUGAGAUGCAAACUUUAUCAAUGCCAGGUUUUAAUUCUAUUCAUCCAUUUGCCCCAUUAAAUCAAGCUGAAGGCUACAAAGAGUUGAUUGAUGAAUUUGAAAAAGAUUUGAAUGAUAUUACUGGGUUUGAUGCAACUACUUCAAUGCCAAAUUCUGGGGCCCAAGGUGAAUACACAGGUUUAUCAUUGAUUAGACAAUAUCAUAAAUCAAAAGGUGAAUACGAACAAAGAAAUAUUUGUUUAAUUCCAGUCAGUGCUCAUGGUACAAAUCCUGCAUCAGCUGCUAUGUGUGGCUUAAAAGUUGUUCCUAUUAAAUGUUUGGAUAAUGGUUCAAUCGAUUUAAAUGAUUUAAAAGAAAAAGCUGAAAAAUAUAAAGAUACUUUAUGUUCAAUUAUGAUUACUUAUCCUUCAACAUAUGGUUUAUUUGAACCUGGAGUUAAACAAGCCAUUGAUAUUGUUCAUGAAAAUGGUGGUUUAGUUUAUUUAGAUGGUGCAAAUAUGAAUGCUCAAGUCGGUUUAACUUCACCAGGAGAUUUAGGUGCUGAUGUUUGUCAUUUGAAUAUUCAUAAAACUUUUGCUUUAUCUCAUGGUGGUGGUGGUCCAGGUCAAGCUCCAGUUUGUGUUAAAGAACAUUUAAAACCAUUUUUACCAAAACAUCACUUUGUAAAUACUCCACAUUCAACAUCAGAAUCAAUUAAAUCUGUCAAUUCAGCCCCAUUUGGUAGUGCUUCAGUUAUACCUGUUUCAUACUCAUAUAUCAAAAUGUUGGGAUCUGAUUCGUUACCAUACGUUUCAACAAUUGCCAUGUUGAAUGCAAAUUAUAUGCUUGAAAAAUUACAACCAUAUUAUAAAAUAUUGUUUAUAAAUCAUAAUGCUUCAACUAGUGAAGGUUUGAAACAUUGUGCUCAUGAGUUUAUUCUAGAUUUAAGAGAAUUUAAAGCUUUUGGUAUUGAAGCGAUUGACAUUGCUAAAAGAUUACAAGAUUAUGGUUUCCAUGCACCAACAAUGUCAUUUCCAGUUGCCGGUACUUUAAUGAUUGAACCUACAGAAUCAGAAAAUUUGGAAGAGUUGGAUAGAUUUGUUGAAAGUUUAAUUUCAAUUAGAAAAGAAAUUGAUGCUUAUAAUAAUAAAAAACCAUUAGGUCAAGUAUUGAAAAAUGCACCACAUUCAAUUGACGACGUAAUAUCAUCAGAUGAUUGGGAAUUAAGAGGUUAUACAAGAGAACAAGCCGCGUAUCCAUUACCUUUUUUAAAACUUAACAAACAAUGGCCAACAGUAUCAAGAUUAGAUGAUACUUAUGGUGAUUUAAAUUUAAUAUGUACAUGUCCAUCAGUUGAAGAAUUAGCUGAAGAAUAA